UGCAAUUGAGUCGUCGUGUUGUUGUUGUUGUUGUUGCUUUGACGCACUGCAACAAGUGCUUGUUAAGUGCGAUACACUUGGCCACUUGCGCUAGUAUCUGUCGCAAUUGAGCAGAACGCUCGGCUAGCUAACAGUCACUCGCUAAUGUAACAAUAGCCACAGUUGGGAUUUGAACGGGGCGCAGUUUGGUGCUGAUUUGCAUUGUGUGCGGUAGCGUCGUCAAUAGAAACAAGUUUCGCGGCAUGUGGACACAUUGCUAGUUUUGGCCGCCAGCCAGCUGUGAAGAGACCACAAUGUUUACAACAAGCGCAAGCUUGAGCAAUGCCAAUGCCAUUGAUGCUGAUGAGCAUGAGAUACACAAAAAUAGCAGCAACAACAAGCAACAAGAUCACAACGAAGACAACUGUAGUAACAACAGCGAACAGACAUCGAUCGAUGAGCAUUACGUCUUUGACAUAGCCAUGAUGAGCAUUGCCGAACAGGUGCCAGGCAGCCAGCAUAAUGAGCUGCAGAUUGAUCGUCAAGUGGAGGAGCAAGUGGUCAGUGAGCUAGUGCGCAGCUCAAGCGAGAACGCGCUCAUCGAGCAUGAUGGCCACAACGGCGGCAGCAUGCGCGUUGUGUUUGGCAUACUUGUGCGCCUGGUGCUGCCAUUGGCCAACGGCGUGGCACGUGGCAUCAAAGGCAUACGCGAUGUGCGCGUCUUGCGUGUGCUGCAGCAUCUGGCGUCCAGUCGCCAGGCACUGGCCAAUCUAAUGGCCUUUGCCGCCAACAGCAUAUCGCUAAAUCUUUCCAGCGUGCAGGCUCUUCACUUCAAAUACUAUAUGUCGUGUAAAUUUCCAUUAACAGUUUCGAAUCGCUUGGGGCCUUUGCGCAAUUUGCUAAAGUUGCGCAAGAGCCAGGACGGCUUGGAGUGCCUGCCCGAUAUACCCAGCACGCCAGGCUCGCCCACCACGCCCACUACGCCGCUGCUCGAGCCGCCUUUGUAUAGCGUGCAGAGCACUGCUGCCAAAUGCUGCACGCUAAACAUUUUGGCGGAGCCGCCACCAGGCGCGCCCAUAAUCGCCGAUAUUGUAUUUAUCCAUGGUCUGCACGGCUCGCUGGUCAAUACCUGGAAGCAGGGCUUGUGGCAGAACGAGCGCCAGCCUGUCGAGUUCGAUCGACCGCCACGCCCACCUGUGCGUCCACCCAAGCGUCCGCGGCAUUCGCGCAGCGCUGCGAUGCACGCAGCGCCGCGUGAAAAGCGCGCCAAGUUUGCCAGCAGUCGACGCUCCUUUGAUGCACAGCAGUCAGCGCAGCCCGCCAGCGAGUGCCUCAAUCCGCCGCCACACAGCCAAAGCUUCAGUGAAUACAGCGAUGAGGACUUUGCUUAUGUUUGCGAUGAGCCGCAGGACAUCAAAAUCUGCGAGGGCAUCGAGUACAGCUUUCCCACAUUCCGUUUGCGGCUGAAUGACAACAGUCGUCUGCUGCAAUACGAUCUGGAGUCCAUGCUGUCCAGCGAGCCUGAGGCUGAGAGCGCUGCAACUGCCCCCAAGGCCAAUGACAAGCCAGCGGGCAAACAUAAACCCUCUGCCAAUGAUCCCAACUAUUCAAAGUGCUGGCCCGGCGACUGGCUGCCCUUGGACUGUCCUGGCGUGCGUGUCAUUGCUGUUAACUAUACAACAGAUCCGUAUCUGUGGCGUCCGCUGUGGAAGCGCAAAGAGCCGCGCUCCAGUCUCAUACAACGCUCGCGUGAAAUGGCCGAACUACUGCUGGCGCAACGCGUUGGCCAGGGUCAUCCUAUUAUAUAUGUGGGUCACUCUAAGGGCGGUUUGUUCAUCAAGCAGCUGAUUGUGGAUGCCUGGGAAUGCGGUCGGCCAGCCAUGACGCCAUUGUGGCGCUCAGCGCGCGGCUGCUUCUUCUACUCGGUGCCACAUCGCGGCUCGCACUUGGCCUCCAUUAAGGCGCCGCUGCUGGCGCGCUCCGUAGAGCUGCUUGAAAUUGAAAAGGGCAACAAAUAUUUAGUGGAUCUGCAUCGUCGCUUUGUGGGUCUUUAUCAUUUGGGUCAGCUGAAGAUCGAGGUGUUUAGCUUUGUGGAAACUGCGCUAACGCUCAUGUCUGUGCUCUAUCUGCGCAUUGUGGGCGUGGACUCGGCAGAUCCUGGCAUUGGAGAUGUCUGUGGCAUACGCUUGGAUCAUCGCGAGAUCUGCAAGCCGCGCGGUCGUGAUUGUAUUUUGUACAAAGAGCUGGUGAAGAUGAUUAAGAAAAUCUGUUGAUUCACAGCCAACUUGGAAACGAUAUGUGUAUAAAGACUUGCGGCUAAUCGGCUGCAAGUCAAUGCGUACCUAGUGCUUAGCAUAUAAAAGUUGAAAACAAAUUCAAUUUUUUUUUUGUAAUUAACUUUAAGCCAGCCAUUUAGCUAGUUAUAUAAUUUGAUAUUUCGUAUUUUGGUUUUAGUUUUUGCAAAUUGUGAUCCAUUUGUUCAGUUAAUUGUGAUGUGAUCAUACCACGUAAUAUAAUAAGCAUACAUAUAAGGCUAUAGACCGUUUGUAAAAUGUUACCAACGAUGCAGCAACCAAUACAGAUUUGAAUUUUUGCAAGAUAUUAAUAAGCCAUUUGAUAUUUUAUACCAAGUACUGAAAGUUACUAAAAUAUGAAAUACGAAAUAAGUUGUAAUGUAUAUAUGAAGAAGAUAAAUAAAAAUGCAUUAAGUUUA